GGGUGGACUAGUUGGUUGGGGAGCUUGACGCAGCAGCCGCCAUAUACAUAAAUGCGCGGCGUGUCUUCUGGAAAUAGUGAUUCCCAAAGUUAUCCGCUCGUUGUUCACCUCUAGGCACGUCCACUCAACAGCAAGCAUGGUUCGCGAAGUGACAAGUUUGGCGGAGUUCCAGUCCAUCCUGAAGGAGGAAGCUGGAGACAGGCUGGUGGUGGUGGACUUCACAGCCACCUGGUGUGGCCCCUGUAAAAUAAUUGGCCCAAUAUUUGACCAACAGGCAACAAAGCCUGAGAACAAAAACGUGCUGUUCCUGAAGGUGGAUGUGGAUGAGGCUGAUGAUGUGAGUUCACACUGUGGGAUUAACUGCAUGCCCACAUUCCACUUUUACAAGAAUGGAGAAAAGGUGUUCGAGUUCUCCGGUGCUAACAAAGAUACACUGCUUGAAAAACUGGCAGCUUUGAGAACAUAAAGUCCCACCGACCAAUCCACAAACCCUCAUUGUAUAAUAACCACAGUAGCCACUGUUGCUCCCUGUACAUGCCUAAGAAAACUCCAGUUACAUGUCGUGUACAAUAACCAUCAGGUCUUCUAUUCCACACAGGCAAUUAUAAUUUAUUCCACUCAUUAUGUAUUGGUGACAUACUCCUAGUCCUGUAAGUUCAGUGUAUGUUUUUACCGUCUUAACUGGCUGAAAUUUGAUUAAAACCUGAUGACCACUUUUAAUUCUGUUUUAUAUAAGAGAUUGGCUUUGCUCCUGACUAACUCCUGAACUUUCUUUGUAUGUUUUGUUCACUAAGGUGGAUUUAAUAAAUGAAGAUGAGUUACA